AUGAGCAGCGAUGAAUUGAUUUCGCUGGGUCAUGUUCUCAUCACUGGAGGCUCAGGCUUCCUGGGAGGCAACAUCGUCAACCUGUUGGUCGCCCGCAAGGCCUGCUCGAAAGUUACUGUUCUCGACUUGAAAGCCCCUCUAACACCCGCAGCUGGCGUCGAGUACGUCCAGGGAGACAUCACCAACUAUGACACCAUGCUUGAGCUCUUCAAGAAGGGCAAAUACAAUGUUGUCAUUCACACAGCGAGCCCCAUCAUGAUCAGCAGCAGCAUGAAGCAUAUUAUGCACAAGGUCAACGUUGAGGGCACAAAGAUUCUUCUUCGGGCUUCGCAAGAGACGGGUGUCAAGGCUUUCGUGUACACCAGCUCUGCCAGCGUCAUUCAUGACACCGUCAGCGAUCUUAUCAAUGCGGACGAGACAUACCCGUUGAUCAUGGGCAAGGAGCAGGCGGAAUACUACACCACAACCAAAGCAGAAGCUGAGAUCAAUGUGCUCGCCGCAAACCGCACCAAGGAAUACCCCAACUUCCUCACUGCAGCCAUUCGACCGUCCGCAAUGUUCGGCGAAGGCGAUGUUCAACUCAUCCCUCCGGCGAUGAGUGCAUACUACCGUGGCCAGACUCGCGUUCAACUUGGCCCGAAUGACAACCUCUUCGACUUCACCGAGAUCACCAACGCCGCGCACUCGCAUCACCUCGCCGCUGCCGCGCUUCUUGCAACACAUGAGCGCAUCAGCAAGGGUCUCGCAGCACCACUCGACAACGAAAAGGUCGAUGGCGAGGCUUUCUUCAUCACCAAUGACUCACCCGUGUACUUCUUCGACUUCACCCGAUCAUUGUGGGCUGCGGCUGGCGACAAGACAACCCCCGAUCAGGUGUGGAUUCUGAGCAAAGACUUUGGAUUGUUUAUCGCAACGAUAUUUGAGUGGGUAUUUUGGGCGUUCAAUCUGGGAAAGCCCAACUUGACUCGGCAACAAGUGCGAUAUGCAUGCAUGACGCGAUACUACAAUAUCGAGAAGGCGAAGACGAGAUUGGGAUACAGACCAAUCACAAAGCUGAGCGAUGGUGUACCAAGAGGUGUGGCCGAUGCACUUUAUCGUGGUGUGGUAGUGGGACAGCCCAUGGAGCUAAAGGGCAAGAAGACGUUGUAA